ACGAAAAAAUUAUAAAAAAUUGGAGGCGUGUGCUCUUCUCUCCUAUUGUACUGUUAUGUAAGAGAAGAAAAACAUGACAUGGCGGAUUCUGAUUGCUGUAACAUGACGUGGUGUACAGCUCAUCACUCUCCACUGCAAGGGUUUCAAAUUUCACAUCCAGUUUACGGCAGCGUUUGUAGAAGGUCGACGUAAAAUUCAUUUUCACCGUCCUGGUUUGUUCCCCCGGAGAUUAUCGUCUCCUUUAUGGAGAAACAACUAAACUAAACACUUGAUCUUCUUUUCCCCGGUUUUCCGUCCUGGACCUCCAUGGGAACCGAAGCAAAUCCACUUAUUACGAGACACAAAUGCUCUGCAUGCUUCAAGCAAUUUAAGAGGAAGGAACAUCUUGUUGAGCACAUGAAAAUUUCUUACCACUCAGUUCAUCAGCCUAGAUGUCCUGUGUGUUUGAAGCAUUGCAAAUCCUUUGAAUCAGUACGAGAACAUCUUAACGGUCCUCUGCAAAAGCCAACCUGUUCGGAGGUUUUCUCUGUGCAGGGUUGUAAUCUUUGUUUGAAAGUCUAUAAUAGCUCCAAUUCUCUUCACAAGCAUAAAGAAAUAUGUUGCCUAGCUUCGCCUGUUCCCCUAGGAACAGCGUUCAUGCAUUCUACAGAAUGUCAAGUUAACAUGUCUGUUUCAAAUGAUAAAGAUCACAAUCUUGAGGGUCUUAAAGGAGUUGCUAUGGAUUGUGAAAUGGUUGGUGGUGGGAGUGAUGGGUCAAUUGACAUUUGCGCUAGGGUUUGCCUUGUUGAUGAGGAUGAGAAUAUAAUUUUCUAUGCAUAUGUUCAACCUGAAAUUCCUGUUACGAAUUACAGAUAUGAAUUAACUGGGUUAACUAAGGAGCAUCUGAAAGAUGCUGUUCCGCUUAUGGAAGUGAAAGAUGAAAUUUUAAAAAUUUUAUAUAAUGGAGAACCCGUCGAAAGGCUGAGACUGGAUGGUGGAAAGGCUAGGCUACUAGUGGGUCACAGUUUGGAGCAUGAUUUGUAUUGCUUGAGAAUGAAGUAUCCUGUUCAUUUACUGCGGGAUACCGCAAAGUAUCAACCAUUGAUGAAAACAAAUUUGGUCAGCCACUCUCUCAAGUACCUUACUCGAACUUAUCUAGGGUACGAUAUACAGACAGCAGUGCAUGAUCCAUAUGAAGAUUGUGUUUCCGUGAUGAGAUUGUACAAAAGAAUGCGUAGCCAAGAUCACCAAAUGGAAGGAAUGAAACCCCAAAAUCUCUCAACCGAUUUUGACUCUCUGCAACCUGAGGAACUUGAGAAGAUGUCCCCAGAUGAACUCUAUGAGAUAUCAAGACCAAACUACAGGUGUUGGUGUCUGGAUUCAAAGUAAACCAGGUAGCUUGGCAAUUAAUUCUUCUCUAAUGUGUUGAUAGUUUCAUAUAUCAUUCUAGAUAGCAUUGACUGGUUGAUGGUGUGUAUAUUGCUUGGAUAGCCUUCUCUUGGACAGUCAAUCAGAUAGUGAUGAGGUUGAUGGAGGUUUUGGUUAUAAAGAGGUAGGCAUCCUUAAUUUCCUGCUACUAUUUUUCCACCCAACCUCAUAAAGUAUCAAGGCGUAUUGAGCCCAAUUGCUUAGGCUAGUAGGUUGUGUCCAUUAUUGGAUAUAUAUCAACGUGGCAGUAUCUCCUAUUCACAAUGUAAGAUUCUGUUGUUUGCGAAUGUGCAAAUGCAAACAAAUAGUUUUCCAGCCUUUUUGGCAUAUUUUUUGGAUGUAUAUGCAUAAUGAACCAGGGUUGUCU